AUGUCGUCUUCACAGCUCCUACAAGUACUCCUGCAUUCACUCAACUGGUCUGCAUACUUGCGUUCCCCCACUAGGCUUCUGAAAGCGGCCAUCCAAGCCGCAGGCGGGAUGCCGUUCUCAGGGUGCCAAUUCAACUUCCGCUUGAUCCUGACGGAUCCCAUCACCUUUCUGGCCUCCGCCCAGUCGAUCGAGGCCGCCGGCGUGAGUGCCUACAUGGGCGCGGCAUCCAUGAUCUCACAGAACGCCGUCCUUUCUGCAGCAGUCACCAUCCUUCCCGUCGAAGUCCGUCAUUCCACCCUCCUCAAUAUGUUCUCCGGCGGCAGCGCUUCGCCUCAGGCUUUUGACCUCCCCCUCUCUCCGCCUCAGGUCUUGGCUAUCGUCGGCGGCUUGCUUCAAAACUGCCAAGCUUCUGACCUUGGUCUCACUGCCAAUCAACCCCUGAGUAUAACGAUGGCUUGA